AUGUACUCUGGUCUCAUCUCUUUCCUCACUUGCGGACUCGUGCAGCCCAACCGCAAGUCUCGCAAGCACUCCAGCAAGACCACUAGCCCUUCCAUGCAGCAGCGCACUGGACAUGACUCGCCUUUUGCGCGAUUUGACCAGCGUCAUCAGUAUGCUGGUCCAGAUGUCGCAGUGCAGGUGGUGAAGCAUGCGCGCCCUCAAGCUGCACGGCCGUCUGCUCAGCAGAUCUUCCCUGCUGCGCCUAUUCAGUAUGUGAAUAAGGCAACGUCGCCUGCCUCUUCUCGCGCAAGCGUCAAGUCGAGUGCAUCGAGUGCAUCGAGUGCAUCGAGCACAUCAAGUACUUCGGGCGCUUCUAGUGCCAAGUCAAGCGCAUCAAGCACUUCCAGCACCAAGUCGAGCGCUUCGAGCGUGUCUCACACCUCGACUCAAAAGGUCAAAUCUUCGCCUAUCUCUGCCGCUGCUUCUGUUGCUUCUCGCACAACACAGUCAAGCACGGUGCGCUCACAGGCAAGUACUGCUUCGGCCACUGAAUCUUAUGGCCGUUCAACGGUCUCAACCACAAAGCUGCCCUAUAUUGCUCCGCUCUCUCCCCGAGCACCAUCUGGCACUCGAUUCGUACAGGCAGAUGGCCGCUUGACUCGAGAAGCCAUCCUUGCCCUCAACAUUCCCAAGACUGGUCAAGAACCUCUGCCUGCUGGUUCGAUGUAUGAGUGCAGCAGCUGGAACUCGGAUGCACUAUCAAAGGGCUCGUACGUGCCAACUGUCAACUCGCUGGACAGCUUGUACUGCUCAUACGGUCUGGUGCGUGGUGAUAUUCGUCAGUAUUCGCAGCCUUGCAUCAACAAGAUCUGGAAGCCUCUCGGCGCCAAGUAG